AUGACGGUUCGCAGCUUGAAGACGAAGAAAACUCCAGCGAAGACAGUGCAAAAGCGCAAGCCUGGUGUCACGAUGAAGAGCAAGUCCAAGGCGACGCUGCACAUUCUGUGGCGAGGCAAGCAGAUCACGGAGUUUGAAUCGCGAGUGUACGAGCUCAUUUCAAAGAUUCCGGCAGGCAAGGUGAGCACCUACGGCGGCGUGGCGCAAGCACUUCACUCUGGACCACGAUGCGUCGGCCAAGCCUUACGUAAGAAUCCAUUCGCCCCCGAGGUUCCGUGUCACCGCGUCGUGGCUGCUACGCUUGACAUUGGAGGCUUUCAAGGUGCAACUGGAGAGGAUUCGCCUUGCAUCCAGAAGAAGCGGACACUGUUGGCAAAGGAAGGAGUUCGCUUUACGAAGGAGCACAAGAUCGAUGCAGCCUGCCUCCAUGAGUUCGAAUAA